GACCAAUCCGCGGGCUGGUGGGGAGGAGUUCUCCAAGUACUUCAAGGCAAGUUAGUGUGGCGUCGCAGACUGUGACAAAACCUCAACGCUUUGUGCUGUAUUUAGUCCGCCACAGAUUGUCUAAACUGGUAACUGAUAAAAAGUAGCCAUGUCAAAGGAUCCAAACAAGCCCAGAGGCAAAACUUCAUCCUAUGCUUUCUUUGUGGCGACCUGCCGUGAGGAGCAUAAAAAGAAGCACCCAGGAACCAGUGUUGGAUUUGCAGAGUUUUCCAAGAAGUGCUCUGAAAGGUGGAAGACCAUGUCUGGCAAGGAAAAGCAGAAGUUUGAAGAGCUGGCUAAAAAUGACAGGGUCCGGUAUGACAGAGAGAUGAAAGGUUAUGUCCCCCCGAAAGGUGCGAAAAAGGGAAAGAAGAAGAAGGACCCUAAUGCCCCCAAAAGGCCUCCAUCUGCCUUCUUCGUCUUCUGCUCGGACCACCGACCCAGGAUCAAGGAGGAGCACCCUGGCAUCUCAAUUGGUGACAUUGCCAAGAAGCUUGGAGAGCUGUGGUCCACACAGAAUGCUAAAGACAAGGCUCCAUAUGAGGCUAAAGCUGCUAAAUUGAAGGAGAAAUAUGAGAAGGAUGUUGCUGCUUACAGAGCAACAGGCGGCUCAGGGAAAACUGACGCUGGCAAGAAGAGUGGCCCAGGUAGGCCCAAAAAAGCCCAACCAGUUGACGAUGAUGACGAUGAUGAUGAAGAGGAAGAUGAUGAUGAUGAUGAUGAAGAUGACGAAGAUGAUUAAGCAAGUGGUUAUGCAUGUGAUGUUUGCAAUGCAUUAAGCUAAAUUCUUUUGUGUGGGUGUUUAAACCGUAUAGCCUGCUGUCCCUGUUGAUCAACUUUGAGUGAUCAGACCUGUUAUUAUUCCUUGUCAAAUUCAGGGAUUUAGACCCCGCUCCCCUCUUCAAUUAGUCCCCAUAAUUAUUUCUUUAGAUCCUUGUUACUAUAUUAAAAUGGCCAAAUUCAGGUUUAUUGUACCACACUAAUAGACUUGACCUGCUCGGUGGCCACUGGACAGCAAGGUUUUAAAGAAAUAGUUUGCUUCUCAAAGCACUGCUUAGGAUUGUUUAGUGGUGCUGUUUGUUCACUGUCAUUUUAUUCAGACUUCUAGUUUGACUUGAAAAAAAGCAGCCAUUUUAAUGUUAAAACCUUUGUGUAGAACUGAUUUUUGUUUUGUAAUAAAAAUUUUGUAUAUUGGU